GUUUACGUGAUGACGUCGGAUGUAUAUGAGCGCGGGCGGCGGGAUCUCGCUCCCUUUUACCGCCAUCGGAGCGGAGUGUCUUUCUUCCCCGGGACCUGUACGCAGCGCAGCGCCGCUUCUCCAGUCCAGCCUCCGGACCCACAGCCAAGCAUCACUUGAGACUCAGCUAAGAUGGCAGACAUCGACAACAAAGACCAGGCUGAGAUUGACCCGGCAGACAUGGAGGACGUGGAGGAAGUGGAAGAGGAGGAGACGGGAGAAGAUGAGAACAGCAAAGCUCGUCAGCUGACGGUGCAGAUGAUGCAGAAUCCACAGAUCCUGGCUGCGCUGCAGGAGAGGCUGGAUGGUCUGAACGGCUCGCCGUCAGGCUACAUGGAGAGUUUACCCAAGGUUGUGAAGAGACGUGUAAACGCCCUCAAAAACCUGCAGGUCAAAUGUGCUCACAUUGAGGCAAAGUUCUACGAAGAAGUACAUGAACUGGAGAGAAAGUACGCAGCCCUCUACCAGCCCCUCUUCGACAAAAGAAGUGACAUAGUGAAAGCAGCUUACGAGCCCACAGAUGAGGAAUGUGAAUGGAAGGCAGAUGAGGAGGAAGAGCUGACAGUAAGUAAGCAGGAUGAGAUGAAGGAGAAGGCUAAGUUAGAGGAAGAGAAGAAGGACGAGGAGAAGGAAGACCCCAAAGGAAUCCCGGAGUUCUGGUUAACGGUUUUCAAAAACGUGGACCUGCUGAGUGACAUGCUGCAGGAGCACGAUGAACCCAUCCUUAAACAUUUACAAGAUAUCAAAGUCAAGUUCUCGGAUCCAGGAGAGCCCAUGAGCUUCACGUUAGAGUUCCACUUCGAGCCCAACGACUUCUUCACAAACACAGUGUUGACGAAAACCUACAAGAUGAGGUCAGAGCCGGACGAGAGCGACCCCUUCUCCUUCGACGGGCCGGAGAUCAUGUGCUGCACAGGUUGCACGAUUGAGUGGACAAAGGGCAAGAACGUCACGUUGAAAACAAUCAAGAAGAAACAAAAGCACAAGGGCCGCGGCACAGUGAGGACAGUCACCAAAACAGUCCCCAACGACUCCUUCUUCAACUUCUUCACCCCCCCAGAGGUUCCAGAAAAUGGCGAGUUGGAUGAGGACUCGGAGGCAGUCCUGGCUGCAGACUUUGAAAUCGGCCACUUCAUCCGUGAGCGUAUCGUACCUCGGGCUGUGCUCUACUUCACAGGAGAGGCCAUAGAGGACGAUGACGACGAUUACGAUGAAGAGGGAGAGGAGGCAGACGAUGAGGAAGGAGAAGAGGAGGCUGAUGAGGAGAACGACCCUGACUAUGAUCCCAAGGUUUAAGUGGUGACAGUAGAAAAAUAACCCUAUCCUGAAGGAUGACAGCCCCCCCAGCUGAGUGCAAAGCAGCAGGGAAGCCGGGGCCGGCUGCCUUGACGAUCCACUGCAAUGUAACGGCUUCUCAAAUUAAGAAGGAAAAAAAAAAAAUAGUUACUACCGCCUUAUAUGUUUGUAUUUUUCUUGGUAGAGAAUUUGAACGAAAAAAAAAGCUUCAGAUUUUUGUUACAAAAACUGAUGGUAAUAUACUGGAGCUGUGGCUCGUACUACAUAGAUUUUACUAGACUGUUUAACUCCUUCCUCUGUACAAUAGAUAGAAACAGG